GGUAGCGGUGGGAGCCCAGACUCUCUCAUCUCCAGUGACUCCUUUAGAUUCUACAUGUAAACACGGAUCAUUGGGGGAAUUCUAGACGCCACAACGCGACAUCAGACAGCAGCAUAACGCCCUGGCGAGUCUCCCAGUCAGCGGAAACCUGCAACAAUGUCUUCGUCUGUUAGCGAGACAGAGGAGGUGCGCGUCUCGGCGCUGACGCCUUUGAAGUUGGUGGGACUGGUGUGCGUGUUCCUGGCGCUGUGCUUAGACGUUGGAGCCGUGAUGAGCCCGGCAUGGGUGACCGCCGACGACCAGUACUGCUUCUCACUGUGGGAGGCGUGCUGGAAAGCAGCGUCGUCUGAGAUCUGGCAGUGCAACAGCACGCUGGAGGCAGACUGGCAGAUCGCCACCCUGUCCUUGUUGCUAGGCGGAGCUGCUCUGGUCCUGCUCUCCUUCCUGGUGGUCCUGGUGUCAGUGUGUAUCGGCUCUCGGAGACGCUUCAACAGACCUGUCGCUGUCAUGCUGUUCGCUGCAGUGGUGUUGCAGGGCUGCAGUCUGGUCCUCUACCCCAUCAAGUUCACUGAGACCAUCAGCAUGAGCAUAUACCACGAGUUCAACUGGGGUUACGGCCUGGCCUGGGGCGCUACCAUUUUCUCCUUCGGCGGGGGGAUCCUCUACUGCCUCAACCCUAAGAACUAUGAAGACUACUACUGACCCUGCUGGACUGUACCACUGUGACCCCCCCCCCCCUGUAGUCGCUGGCUGUCAUACAUAUCCUAUACUGUAUAAUGCUAAUGCUCGCUAGAGAGACAGGUAGACACAGAGAGAUGCACACACACACACACAUGUCAGCAUACAGUAUUUCCUGUGGAAGCAGGCAGAGGCUCAGAGCUGGGGUGGAUGGAUGGAUGAUUUCACAGUACCCUGUACCCUGCUCUGUACUCCCUCUUCAGUCAGAGACUAUCAGAUAACAGACUGACCAAUCAGAUCACUCUAUCUGUCCUCAAACCCUGGGACAAGGACUCACUGAAGCACUGUUACCGACCAAGUAUAACUUACAAGGCCUUAGGGGUAAGGAUGAGGCUGAGCUCGGCAAACCCAGAAGGAGAAUCUGGUGCCAGCUACCAUUUAUGUUACGUAGUCUGUCCACGAGAGAUUAGGAUGAGUCUGACUGGAAAACAGACUUGUCUUCUCACUGGUAGGUAGAGACAGACUGGGAUGACCAACACUGGUAGGUAGAGACAGACUGGGAUGACCAACACUGGUAGGCAGAGACAGACUGGGAUGACCAACACUGGUAGGUAGAGACAGACUGGGAUGACCAACACUGGUAGGCAGAGACAGACUGGGAUGACCAACACUGGUAGGUAGAGACAGACUGGGAUGACCAACACUGGUAGGUAGAGACAGACUGGGAUGACCAACACUGGUAGGUAGAGACAGACUGGGAUGACUAACACUGGUAGGUAGAGACAGACUGGGAUGACCAACACUGGUAGGUAGAGACAGACUGGGAUGACUAACACUGGUAGGCAGAGACAGACUGGGAUGACCAACACUGGUAGGUAGAGACAGACUGGGAUGACCAACACUGGUAGGUAGAGA